UAAGAAACAAGUGUAUGAGCAGCAGUCAUCCUCCAGCGACAGCACGAACUCCAGAAGACGGAUUUCACUAUCAGACCUUCUCACACACAACCGAGCUUUCCAUCAGUCUCCCACUUUGCAUCACAUGUUUGAUUCAUUUUAAAGGGACUGCGAAGGAUAAAUUGUGAAUAUGGCAUCAAUUUGUGCGCUGGCACGCGUUUUUCUCUGUCUUAACAUCUUUAAAGUGUACUUAGUGAACUCGUCCGAACUGUACGGCGAUAUUCCUGCAACAGAGCCGUCAUUCCACAAUCCAGCUCGGGAUAUGAUGACUGUUAAUAUGUACAGAGUUUAUGAUAAAUACAGCAAGAAGCAGCAGCAUCAACAACAACAGAAUGUAAAUACAGUCCGAAGCUUUAGAGGAGUUCCAGAGAUCUCCCAUCACAAGGUGGUGUUCUACUUCAACCUGACCUCCAUCCCUGACUCGGAGGUGAUUCUGAGGUCAACUCUACACUUUCUUGACCAACAAUCUCGCCAACGGCCUUGGGCCUGCCGGCGUUCCCGCGGAGCUUCGUGCCGCCUGCAACACCUUCAGUCGCUAACCACAACACAUCUCAUCAUUAAGGGAACGUCACCGAACGCUGCCGUCCCCUCUCAGCUGAGCAACAUCACAUUGCCUCCUAACAGAAAGGGGCUUUGGCAGAUUACAGACGUAUCAUCCGCUAUCAAACAAGCUCAUGUGAACGGCGAGCUCUUGGUUACAGCUGAGUUUGACUUCGGACAUCACAGACGCCAGGAUGGCUUGUCUCCUCACAGCCUGCCUUUUAUUCUCGUAUACGCUGACGACGUUGCAAUAACGGAGCCCAACAGUGUUGCAAUGAGUCUGCAGAGAUACAGUGCAUCUCCUGUGCAUGAGGACAGCAGGAACAAAGCACCACCAGCUUCUUUAAAUUCAAGAAUCAGAAGGGAAGUAGAUCACCUGCAGAGUAACUACCUACCUGACGUCCAAUACAAUGAUCUGAAGAGCAGGGAGAUAUGGGACGGUGCCUUUUUUGCAAAAAAACCCAAACUCUCAUCGAAAGGUCAGGAAAAUCACGAGGGACUGAGAGGAUCGAGAGAGCUCAGUUUUGACGAGAAGACUAUGAAGAAAGCCAGACGCAAGCAGUGGAGUGAGCCACGAAUGUGUUCGCGCCGUUACCUAAGGGUGGACUUUGCUGACAUCGGUUGGAGCGAAUGGAUAUUGGCUCCGAAAGCAUUUGAUGCCUACUACUGCGCAGGAACAUGUGGAUUCCCAAUUCCAAAGGUUGUCCAUCCAUCCAAUCACGCCACCAUCCAGAGUAUAGUGAGAGCCGUGGGGAUCGUCCCUGGAGUCCCGGAGCCGUGCUGCGUACCGGACAAGAUGAGCUCUCUGGCGGUGCUGUUCCUGGACUCCAGCAGGAAUAUGGUCUUGAAGGUCUAUCCCAGCAUGUCUGUGGAGACCUGCGCCUGUCGAUAAACUAGCAAGGUAGCUAACGGACACAGAUAAACACAACCUGCAAAACCAACGAAAUCAGCUCGAAGGACUGCCGAAGCACGUCGUAUGACACAAAUGAACUUUUCUCUCUGCAAAUAAGACCUCAACACCUCAAGUAAUAUAGGAUCUUUGCACACAAACAUUGUAUCCUCUUUCCACUUUCUUUUUUAAUGAAUUGUAUAUAAUCCUUAUUGUAACAUAUAACUCUUUUCGUUUUGAAACAAAUACAUGGUCAAUUUAAAAGGACAUCCAAAUGGAUUUCUGUAAAUAAAUCCUGUAACACUUUACAAUAAGGUUUCAUUUGUUAACAUUAGUUUAUGCAUUAAGCAACGUUAACUAUGCAAGUAAUAUAUUUUCAACCUAGGAUUUAAACACCUGGAAUCAUGCAUGGACAGAAAACCGAAGAGCAUUUUUGGUCAUUUGUGCGGAGACAGACAAUGUGAAGAAAAUUCAGCAUAAUGCUGCCAUCUAGUGUUUUGUCAUUCAAAGUUUUCCCAUAUUUGAGCAUGGACCACAAAACCAGUCAUAAGGCUCAGUUUUUUUUAAAAUUGAGAUUUAUACAUCAUCUGAAGCUGAAUGAAUAAGCUUUUUAUUGAUGUAUGGUUUGUUAGAAUAGGACAACAUUUGGCUGAAAUCUGAAAUCUGAGCGUGCAAAAAAAAUCGAAACAUUGAGAAAAUCGCUUUUAAAGUUGUCCAAAUGAAGUUCUUAGCAAUGCAUAUUACUAAUUAAAAGUUUUGAUAUAUUUACAGUAGCAAAUUUACAAAAUAUCUUCAAGGAACAUGACUUAUUUAAUAUCCUAAUGAUUUUUGGCAUAAAAGCACCAAUACAUUGUAUUUUUGGCUAUUGCUGCAAAUAUACCCGUACUUCUUAAGACUUUUGAUUUUGAUUUUGUGGUUCAGGGUCACAUAUGAGGACAGAAAAGUAAUUAAAUUACAGAUUAUCACAAUGGAGUACAUUUUAAAAUAAAUAACAUCUCAGAUGUUUUGUCAAAGAGGAGAGUUUUGUAUUUAAUAGCAGUUACAUGUCAUUUGUAAUUAUUUAUUUUUUCAAACUGUAUUGUUCACGACUCUUUAUGUAAACAUUUCUUUAACCAGAUUCUUCAACCACUGUUUUGAUAUAUGACUGAAAUCCUGGAGGACUUUUUGUGAAUAAA